AUGAAUCAAUUCUCUGGCAGCAGGGAAUCUUCAUUGGGCCUUGUGGUCACUGCGAAGCAGACAUAUUAUCCGAUUGAAUUGUCAAAUGCUGAAUUGCUUGCUCAUUACGAAACUGUUCAGGAUUAUCAUCAGGAAAUAUCGCUGAACUGUAUCACUCAAUCUUGUAGACUAAAACCUGAUUCGAAGUUGAUAGAUCAACAACCAGAGCUAGGUCCUUCUAAGACGAGACACGUUGUUGUCAAUUUCUUUUUUGAACUCGCAUUGAAAACCAGAGUAACCAAUGGGAUCUUUUAUCAAGCUGUCAGACUUUACGAUCGUUACUGUUCAAAACGUAUUGUGCUAAGAGAACAAGUCAAAUUGGUGGUUGCAACUUGUCUAUGGCUAGCUGCUAAAACUUGGGGUGGAUGUAAUCACAUUAUUAACAAUGUGAGUGUUCCUACAGGUGGCAGAUUCUAUGGACCUAAUCCCAGGGCAAGAAUCCCAAGAUUAUCAGAAUUGAUCCAUCUUUGCAAUGAUUCUCAGACAUUUGAUGAAUCGAUGUUCACUCAAAUGGAAAGACAUAUUUUGAACACUUUGGGAUGGGAAAUUUAUGAGCCAAUGAUAAAUGAUUACAUAUUAAACGCUGAUGAAAAUUGUGCGAUCCAAUACGAACUUUAUAGGAGACAGUUGGAACAUAAUCGUAAAUGGUUAAACAGAAAUAAAGAAGAAUCGUCAUCAAUUAAUAAAGAAUCGGACUCUACUGAUGAUGAAGAUCUUCAAAAUGAAGAAGAAAAUGAGGAUGAUGAGGAUUUAACACAGAAGAUUCAAUUGAUCAAUAUUAAAAAAUUUUUGAUAGAUUUAACCAGCUGGCAAUAUCAACUGUUAAAAUUCGAACAAUUUGAGGUCACGCAUGGGAUGUUUCAACUCAUCAACAAGUUCACUAACCAGGAAUUGGGGCCUUUGCUACAGACACCGAUUCCUACUGGAUCUACUAGUGAUGCGAUUGUGGAUAUUUACAUCGAUGCUAUCUUAGACUGUCCAGAACAAUUGUGGGAAAGUUAUAAAGAAUUCGACGGUAUAGUACAAUUUGUCGGUGAGGUUAGGGACUACCAAAGACAAAUGGAAUACUUGUCACAGCAGAGACAAAUACAAUAUUCAACUCCAACCAGAAUUUACCAAGUUCCUUCCGCUCAGCAAAACUUCCCAUCCCCACCUUAUUCACAACAGACAUUUUCUCCUUCUUCGAGGAAAAUCUCUACACAAUCGGACAAUAGCCUAUUUAGCACUUAUGGCGUCACACAUUCUUCACCUUUAACACCGCAACUGCAUUCGUUUACCCAUAAUAAGCUCACGCCGAACUCGGCCAAUGGCUCUCACAUAAGUUUACACUCAACGUCAAGCAUGAAGCGAUCAUAUGAUGAUAAGGAAAACAUCGAUCCGGCAUCAAUGGCAAAUUGUCAUAAGGUCAACUCAUAUAUCGUCCCGCCUCGAGCAAAAUUUGUUGGACAAAGUUCUUCCGUCUUUUCCAGCGGUGGAGGAUCCAUUUCGAACGGAAAUAGCAAUAGAUCCUCUCUAAUUUCUUUACCUCUAGGAAAUGCCGUCGUGUGA